UUGCCAUUUCAGUCUUUGAAAAGAUGCAAGCUCAAGAGAUCCUACGGAAUUUACGCCUUCCUGAGUUUGAAGACUUCAGCCAGUUUUUUCGAAGUUUGCCAACUACUACCUUGGUAGGCAUCGGUGCCUUUGCUGCUGUUGUUGCCUAUUGGCUGGCAAGCCGGCCGAAAGCGGUGAAACCACCAUGUGACCUCCUAAUGCAGUCAGAAGAAGUUGAGGGCUGGGAUGGUGCACGGAGAUCUGUAAUUGGCGAGAGUUCACAAUUGCUAACUCACUACUAUGAUGAUGCAAGGACCAUGUACGAGGUUUUUAGAAGAGGGUUUAAUAUAUCCGAAAAUGGGCCCUGCUUGGGAUUCAGGAAACCCAAACAGCCUUAUCAGUGGCUGACCUAUAAAGAGGUUGCUGAAAGAGCAGAAGCACUGGGAUCAGGCUUACUCCAGAAAGGAUGCAAACCAUCAACAAGUCAGUUUAUUGGGGUCUUUGCACAAAACCGGCCAGAGUGGAUCAUUUCUGAGCUGGCUUGCUAUACCUAUUCCAUGGUUGUGGUUCCCCUGUAUGAUACGUUAGGCCCUGGAGCCAUUCGUUAUAUUAUCAACACAGCUGACAUUUCUAUAGUAGUUUGUGAUAAACCCGAAAAAGCCAAAGUCCUGUUAGAAAAUGUAGAGAAAAAAGAAACUCCGGGCUUGAAAUUCAUUAUUUUGAUGGACCCUUUUGAGAAGGAUCUUAAAGAAAGAGGACAAAUGUGUGGAGUUCAUAUCCAAGCUAUGCAGGAAGUAGAGGACUGUGGUCGAGAAUGCCGGCAUGCCCCUGUUCCACCUCGACCAGAAGAUCUGUCAAUUGUAUGUUUUACUAGUGGCACUACAGGUAACCCUAAAGGUGCAAUGCUGACACAUGGGAAUGUGGUUGCGGAUUUUUCAGGUUUUUUGAAAGUGACUGAGAAAGUGAUCUUUCCGAGACAGGACGAUGUGCUCAUCUCCUUCCUGCCUUUGGCUCACAUGUUUGAAAGAGUGAUACAGUCUGUAGUGUAUUGCCAUGGGGGCCGAAUUGGCUUCUUCCAAGGAGACAUUCGUCUGCUGUCUGAUGAUAUGAAAGCACUGCGCCCAACCAUCUUUCCUGUUGUGCCAAGACUGCUGAACAGAAUGUAUGACAAGAUCUUCAGCCAAGCAGACACCCCACUGAAACGCUGGCUUCUGGAAUUUGCUGCCAAGCGUAAAAAGGCAGAAGUUCAAAGUGGGAUCAUUAGAAAUGACAGUAUGUGGGACAAACUGUUCUUUAACAAAAUACAGGCAAGCCUGGGUGGUUGUGUUAGAAUGAUUGUAACAGGAGCUGCUCCUGCUUCUCCCACUGUCUUGGGUUUCCUUCGAGCAUCCCUAGGAUGUCAGGUUUAUGAGGGCUAUGGUCAAACAGAAUGUACAGCUGGUUGUACGUUUACCACUCCAGGGGACUGGACAUCAGGACAUGUGGGAGCACCUUUGCCCUGUAAUUUAAUCAAGCUGGUGGACGUUGAAGAAUUAAAUUAUUUUUCUUCCAAAGGAGAAGGAGAGAUCUGUGUGAAAGGUCCAAAUGUUUUCAAGGGUUAUCUGAAAGAUGACGAGAGAACUGCUGAAGCAUUAGACGAAGAUGGAUGGCUUCAUACAGGGGAUGUUGGGAAGUGGUUACCUAAUGGCACACUAAGAAUCAUUGAUCGGAAAAAGCAUAUAUUUAAACUGGCCCAAGGUGAAUACAUUGCACCAGAAAAAAUUGAGAACAUCUACAUUCGAAGUGAGCCUGUCUCCCAAAUAUAUGUGCAUGGAGAUAGCUUACAGGCCUUCUUGGUGGGGAUUGUUGUACCUGAUAGCGAAGUCAUGCCAGGUUGGGCCAAGAAAAAGGGCUUUGAGGGAUCUUUUGCAGAGCUUUGUAAAAAUGUGGAGCUGAAAAAAGCGAUAAUGGAAGACAUGGUGCAAUUAGGGAAAGAGAGUGGACUUCAUUCAUUUGAGCAGGUUAAGGCUAUUUAUGUUCACUCUGAAAUGUUCUCUGUGCAAAAUGGCUUGUUGACACCUACAUUAAAAGCUAGGAGACCAGAGCUGAGAGAAUACUUCAAGAAACAGAUAGAAGAGCUUUAUUCCAGUGUUUCCAUCUGACAGCAAGGUUCUUCGAAACAAUGUACUUUGUAGCAAUAUUAGGAAAAAUGAAAAGGAUGCGGUUGAAAUGAAUAAGCAUCUGACCUUCCACAUGAGCCUUCCAUUGUCUGAAGACACUGUCAGUGAAUAAUUCCGUUGCCAUCUAGUUUUAAUUGCUCUUGUAAUGGAAUGCUCUAAAGUCUGUUGGACAACCACUAAGCUGUUUUAAAUUCCACUCCUUCUGAAAGUACUUUACCAACAUCUUUUGUCAUUAAUACCUGCAAAAAUCCCAUAACAAACAGGAAAAAGGAAGGAAACACCCCUCUCUGACUGGAUCUGCCCAUUUUGUCUGAUACUCUUCUGCUCCUGGAUAUUCUGAUAAUGUGAUCUGUAGGGUUUGCAGAUGCCUCCCUGGAUGAAUACAAUUAAGAACUCAUUAGAAGCAAGAAGUGUGUGUUUUGAAUCACAGGUUGUACAUUAUCUGCACACCUGUUCCAGUGUGACACAGCCUCCCUUUCUGAAAUAUCAUUGAUUGCAAACGUAGCCAAGAACUCCUCACUGCAGCGGAGCUCUUUAAAGUCCCAGAGUUCCAGUCCAGGAACAAUCACCGACGAAGACUAGUGGUCUACCUCAAAUGUUCUUUGUUACUCAACACUAUAAAUAAAUCUGUUGUCCUGAUCUAGAAUUUAAAACUGGAAUUGUUUAGUUGUUUGUUAAAUGGCAUCUGUUAGGCUCUGCAAGAGGAAAAAAUAACAUUCUUCGUGUAAUCCAUUUAUACAGAAACAGAAAUAGGUAGAGUUCAGAUGUCCCAUGCAUCAAAUUGAUAUAAUAGAUCCAGUAGUGUAUGCUAUAUGAGAAUGAGCCUUUAAUUGUCAUAAAUGGUAUACAUCUCAAAAUUAUGCUACUUGUUUCUAAAGCAAGAUUGGGGAAUGGAUGGUCCUCCGGAUGUUGUUGGACUAUACGUCUCAUCACUCAUCAUCGGUUGGGCUGCCUAGGGUUGAUGGAGGAUGUAGUCCAACUGCACUUGAAAAAACAUCCAUUCUCCAUUCUUGGUGCACCAGCACUUUUGUUAAGGGUGAUGCAGAAGGUUUCCAGCCUUAGCAGGAUUGUACAUGGGAGAUAGCUGUUAGCUGCACUUUUUAAACAGUUUGAUUGCUCUUAUGGUUUGGAAGCAAUGUGUUGGAAAGACAGUGUAAAUCUACUACAUAAUUUUAGUACAUCCGUUCCCUCUGCUGUGGAUAUGAACUAUUUUUUUCCAGGCAGAUUAAACUAAAUAUGUGCUUUGAGCCACAGCUUUGUGCUCCCACGUUAUAGUGCACUUCAGGAAGACUGAGCAGGCUUGUGUAAAUUGAAGAGGAUGCCAAGCAUCUCAGCAAACAGUUGAUUGACUGGAUGCUUUCUCAGAUGUUAAAAGUGUUUGAGGUUAGACAGCCGUCUCCCUUCAGAACUCACAAUAUUUUCUCUCACAAUCAGGAUACCAACAGCUGCUCCUCUUGCUCUUCCCUAUCCUCCCUAUUCAGUACCCAUCAUCCUGAAAUCGUGUUUCUCAUUCUUUCCAGUCACCGUUCUUCCAAGAUGAAGAUAGUGCACUGAAGGAUGGCCUCCACCCUCCAUGAGAGGGAUUGUAUUGGCUCCACAUAACAACACAAGAAACAACUGUCACUCAUAUUCUAAGGUCUUUUUUCUACCUUCAUCCUCUAAACAAUUAGUUUAAAUAGAGUUCAGAGUUCCUGUGGAUAAAUUAACACAGACACUGUAGAAACUACCUAAGCAUUCACAAGAUACUCAGGAACUGCCAUGGAGACCAGGUUAUAAAACCUGUGAUAGAGCUAGAUUUUGUUGGGCAACAACUCCUAUCCUCCUGGCCCAACAACACUAAUGGUCAGGGAUGAUGAAUGUUGUGUUGUGGGACACAGGUUCUCCCAGCUCCUUGUGUUCAUAAUAUAUAAUGAUUGCCUGUUCUGGCUUAGUUUGAAUCAGGGCUUGGUUUCACCAACAUAUAAUAAGAAUACAAUGCUGCCUCGCAUUACGACGUUAAUUCCUUCCAGCGAAAUAGUUGUAGAACAAAAACGUCGU